GGAGCUCUACAGCGGCUCCAUUGCAUCGACAGACCCUUUCGCGGCUCAAGUCAGCAAGAGUCAGCAUGUAUCUUCCGCCCGGCUCUGUGCGUCCGACUCUGCCGGCCAUCGGCAACAGCAAUACGGCACACCAUCGCAGCCUUUUCCGUCUCAAGAACGCCACAGGGCAGGCAUGCCACUUCAAUUCCCUUAUGUGGAGUAUCUUCAACCUCAAGGCGGUGCGGAAGAGGCUCACCAGGUGAAAGGGAGCUACUUAUUGCAGUGGGUGGGGGAGCUGAGCUGCAGGGGGCUGGAUUGUCUCAUCUGAUGAUGCCUCUCUUUUGUUCCUUGUGGGUCUUUCUUUGCAGAUCAGAUGGCACUGAAGCGUCGCCCACGCUCCAGAAGCUAAAAGAGGCCUUUCUCACCAUCGACAAAGCCCCCUCCCUUACCCCGGCCUGCCCUCCUCUUUUCGACCUGACUGGCCUGCUCGUCCAUCUCGAGAACGCCCUCGAGACGUCUGAGUACCACGUCGACGUCAGAAGCCAACAGGACACCGCCGAGACGUGCACCGCCCUCCUGCACCUCAUCGACAGUGAGGAGGCAGCGGCAGGCGUUGCAUCCAACCAGCGGUUCGACGCCCUCAUCGGCAGCUCAUUUGUGAGCCAACUGAUGUGCAGUCACUGCUGCGAUGACACGGGGAGGGAGGAGUCGCAGCGGAUGGUGUCGUUGGGGAUCAGUCACGCGAUGAAUGCCUUCAGAGAGUGGGGGCUGAUGGAGCUGGUCGAGGAGACCACUCUGAAACCUGAGCUGAUGGAGGCCGCAGCCGGAUGCCCCACUUGCGGCCGCCGGCGAUACAAACGGUAAGAAGAGACAGACAAAGGGAGACAAGGAAGGCGACGCAUGGAAAACCUCACUUUCUUCUUGGUUGAUGCGAUGCAGGCUGUAUUUUGACCUGCCGGGUGACGUGCUGCCUUUCGCCGUGAAGCGCAAUCAGAUCGUCUACAACAACAAUGGUGACAUCGAUCGGCAGUAUCCGAGCCCUCUCCCGAUACACCUCCCAAUGACACUCACGCUGCCCUCCACCAUCGGCCCCCUCACCUAUCGACUGUCGAGUGCCCAGCUCCAUCACCCAGAGCAAGACCGCGAAGGCAACGCGACGGCCGAAGCAGGCCACUAUACGACAAUCCUCAGGUGUCUUGAGGACGGGCCCGCCUCAGGAGACGGCGGGGGCAGCAGCAACAGCAGCAAUAGCGGCAGCGGCAGCAGCUACUGGGCACUGACAAACGAUGCGGCGCCACCCCGCAUCAUGACGCAGCAGGAGGCGACGGCGUUCCUGUCAUCGCAGGAGACGCAGAGUCGGGUGUGUGUGGCGUGGUAUGAGAGGGAUGAAACCGAGAGCGACGGCGCUUGUGCUGUCCCUCUCUCGAGGGGUGAGAGAGAGGGCGGGGAGAGGGGGGGCAACAGCAACAGCGGGGGGAACAGCAAGGGGAUGCCCCACGCCAGACACCAUUAUGGGGUGCCGUCAGCAAGCAGAAAGAAAGACAGAUGGAUGGAUGGAUGAAUGGUGGAUGGAUGUAUACCUGUCUGUCUGUCUCUUUGUGUGUCUGGCACGCUACGCACACAGGUGCCAUACACAUACACGGAUGAAGAGCUCUUUCCCGCCCUGCGGCCAUAUCCAGGCCUCCCGCGCGUCAUUUACCCGCCAUUUCCGCCGCCCCCCAACAACCCCAAGAAGCCAUCGCACAAGAAGGCCACACGCCCGCAGCUUGUCCGUCCAAUGACCACCGAGAAACCCAAGGUAGACUACAUGGCAUCACUCGGCAAGAGCCUGACGAAGCUGGUGAAAGCGAUGUUCCCGCCGAGGCAGCCCAACUUCAAGCUGCCUCCUCCAGAGGUCUUGUUCCCGCCCCCUCGGCCAUAUCCAGGCGGCCCCGUGGUGAUGGUGGGUGAGACGGUGCUGCCUCUCGUCGUCCCUGUGAGAGCUGGCGUCCUUCCCACAUACCACGUGAGCACCUUGUCUCCCGUCAUGGUCCGGUGAGGACGAGGGACGGUACGAGGGGGGGAGAUAGUGGUGGGUAGGCGUGUUAGUAUAGCUCUGACGGGGGGAAACAGUCUGUCUCAUAGGUUCCACCUUACCUUAGUGGGUUUAGGAGUGGCUGGCUGGCUGGCAGAGAGGAUUUCAGUCCUAGCUGCCUACCGUGCAUCUCUCUCUACAGACACAUCACAUCCAGCCACUGACGGUACAUGUGUGCAGGACAGGACCUGCUGCCGCCAUAGAUAUGGUAUGUCUCCGUUUGUUUGUGUGCCAUGGAUGCGAUGGAUGCGAUGGAUGCGAUGCAUGGCAGCGGGACCGGCCGCAUGUAUUACAUGGACAUCUGCCUGUACGUGUGUUGGAUGGGAUACAUGAG